GUACGAUGCGCAGGAUGCGGAAAAGAAGCCCCUGGACACCUGGAGCGAGAGUGUGGAACCAGGCCGAUGAAGCGACACGUAUCCACAUCACCUGAAGAACCUGCACGACACGUGGGGGUGGUCGUCGACAACGUGUUCCUCAAAGGAAUCAUCAACGAGGCGAAGGAGAGGAAGGAGAAAGAAAGGCAGACGAAAGCGAUACCCAUCCCUCCACCACGCAGCACUAACCCCGAACCCCCGACCAGUCCCGUCGCAGGACCUUCGCGCCCCCGCCCCGAUACACCCGUCGUAUUUCGCAAAGUCGACCCCGACUGGACACCCAACACCACUCAAUGGACGUGGGACAGCUCCUGGCCGAAUCAGAAGCACCUCUCUGGUGAGGAAUGGAAGAACGUGGGGAGAAACGCGCACAACGAGUGGUUCGACGAAGAGGAGGACGACGGCGUAGAUUGGGAGUUGUAUGGAGAUGCCGGUACUUGUAUAAAUAGUUGUACCAUUAGUCGGUCGAACCCUAAGUUCGACCUGGUUAUUCAUUCAAGUCUCUGCUCCUCUUUGCUUGGGGUAGUGGUCAUUCUCGACUUCCUCGCUCGAUCUUCAGGACGACGCACUGUCCAUAAGCCCUCGCUCGUCGUCUACGAGUCAGGCAUUGAUAUAGGAGUAUAG